AUGUACACAAUUAAAGAAACAGCCUCUCAUUUCCCAGAAAUGGAUAAGGCCCUUUUAUUUAAAAUGGCUUGCAAUCAAGAAGAUUAUGUAAAUAGCCUUUUGUCGUAUUAUAGAGACAGAAUUAAUGAUUUUGACAAAGAAAGAAGUGAGUGGUUAUAAAAAUUAAAUGAAAUUGUUACAACUGAAUCUGAAAAGCAUAAAUUAUAAUGGGAGUUAACGCGCAGAAGAGAUGAUGUUAAUACUCUUAAGGAAACUCUAGAUAAAUUUAGGAGUAUUCUAUACCAAGAAAGAUAAAAUGUGCUAGUUAUUUAAAGGGAAAAUGAAUUAUUAAAAUUAAAAGAUUUAGAGGAUUAAAAAAAAAUUACUGAAUUAGGUGCAUUAGUUGAACCAGUUUAAGAAAAUGUAGUAUUAAAUAAAAAUAAAAAGCCAGAGAUAAAUUACGCUUUUUCAAAAGUUGAUACUAAUAUCCACAGAAAUCGUGCUGCUUUUGAGACAGCAUUAAAAAAAGUAGGAAAAGACGGAUUGGUAGAAGGUUAGCCUAAAUGUGUAAUUACUAAUAUUCAUUUACCAGUUGAUGGAAUAAAUAGUAUUGAAUAAGAAAAUUUCGAAUUAAGGGAGUAAAUUGAAAAAGACAAAGAAAUUUGGAUGGAAAAGCUAGAAACACUAAAACUAUAAAUCUUAGACAGAGAAUAAAAAAUUCAAUAAAAUAACAACUAAAAAGCUCAAAAAAUUGAAGAAUUGUAAAAAAAAGCUUAAGAACUUGAAAAAUAGCACAUAGAUUUAUCAAAAGAAUUAUUUGUUCUAAGAAUAUAAACAAAUGAGAAAGAGAGAAAAUUGUAAGAAGAAAAUGAACUACAAAGAUUGAAGAAUACUGCUUUAGCAAAUAAAAUACUUAUUAUUGAAAAGUAGGCUGAAUAAGAAAAUAAAUAGACUUAAAAUGAAGCAAAUAAAAUUUCUAUGAAUGCAGCAAACGUAUUUAGAAAUCAAGUUAGAUCAAAAGAAGAAAAUAUUCAAAUACUCAAAGACUAAUUUAAUCAGGUCCAGAAAAUUUAUCUCAAUAAAAUUAAGCGUUUAGAAGAAGAUCUUUCAGGCUUAAACGAGAAGUAUGAAAAAUUAGAUUAAAAGAGAAAAGUUUAGAAUUCUGGUUACAAAAGUGACAUUAAAAUUCUUCAAACUAAAAUUGAAACUAUUAGAAGAUAGCUCUAGUAAGACGGAGUUGAUUUACAAGAGUGA